AUGGGUACUCCUGAUGCCGCGAUCAGCGCUGCAAAGGCUGCAACAAGCAGUCACGAUCAAGAUUCUGGGAAGAAGGAGCGAUGGGGCUCAAUUUCUCCUCCCGGGCACAGAAGGAGCAUCUCGGGGAGCCUGUCCGCUUCUCUGGGCUUGCUACGAACAAAUUCGAGCCCUGAUCAUGCUCACAAGUCGGAGACGAAAUCGGAGAUGGUGUCGCCGAUCAUGGAAGAACCGCCCAGUCCGCGGACGGGGAGUGCCAUGGCUUCAGCGGUCCAGCAACAGAGGAAGACCCGGACCCGCAAGGGAUCGUUGCGGAAGUCUGCACUUCUCGGAACGAGCAAGCUGCGCAUGGAGAACAAGGACAGGCGUGCCACAUCCUCGACGCUGGAUGAAGUACAAGCAUUAGACAGACAACAGGUGGAUGGAUUGGGCACUUAUUUCGGAGCAACGAAUGCAUCUAUCAGUCCGUUGACGCCUCUCGACUUGCCUUCCCCUAAGCCCCUUCCAGUUCCACCGCCUGUACCAAUGGUUACACAUCCCGUGCAUGGUGACCCUUCGAAGAUUCUAGAAGUGACCGACGCAGAUGAGCCAUUUCCCGACCUCCGCCGCCCGUUGACGACCAAAUCGUCAACGACAGCUUCGACCCUUACGGACGAUGAUGAAUCUUUAAUCUCUCCUACCGACUUAAUACCUCCAAGUUUGCAACAGCUUCCACUUCCCAACGAUAGCUAUUUCCCCUCCCAGCCACCUCGCUCACGCUCACCCCGAUCAGCCAGUAAGCCUCGUUCGCCAUUGGCAGCGCUCCCACCCGCAACGCCAGCUUCACCACCUUCGGAAUGGGACUAUUCGGAAACCAGCUGGUGGGGAUGGAUCAUCCUCUGUGUGACCUGGCUCGUCUUCGUGGUGGGAAUGGGGAGCUGCUUCGGAGUUUGGAGCUGGGCUUGGGAUGUCGGGGCGACACCGUACGCACCGCCUGAUCUAGAGGAUGACCCCACGCUGCCGAUUGUGGGGUACUAUCCCGCGUUGAUGGUGCUGACUUGUGUGAUGGCGUGGGUUUGGGUCACGAUUGCUUGGGUAGGAAUGAAAUAUUUUCGACAUGCGAACAUUGUUGGUGAAGAUGAGUGA